UUGAUUCAAAUGUUAGAUCAAGAGGAAGAAGGAAAACAAAUUGAAGAGCUGCUCUUAGAAAUUUCUGUGUUCCACCUCUUUAAGAGGAGACACUAGUCCCAAGUCUGACUCAGUUCAUUGAAAGUAACUCUUUUCUUAAAGCAUCUACAUUCUUCUAGCCUUUGGAUAAAACUGGAAGAAGAGUGCAUCCAAAUUUUUGUUUCUGAAAACUGGAAGUAAAACAGAAAGAUGGCAAGCCUGAGGACCAACACUCAAACAGACCCUGAAAUUGAGCUUUUUGUGAAGGCUGGAAGUGAUGGGGAGAGUAUUGGAAACUGUCCAUUUUGCCAACGCCUCUUCAUGAUUCUCUGGCUUAAAGGAGUUAAAUUUAAUGUGACUACUGUUGAUAUGACCAGAAAGCCUGAAGAGUUGAAGGACUUAGCCCCAGGUACCAAUCCUCCCUUCUUGAUAUAUAACAAGGAGUUGAAAACGGACUUCAUUAAAAUCGAAGAGUUUCUAGAGCAAACAUUGGCUCCUCCAAGGUAUCCUCACCUGAGUCCCAAGUACAAGGAAUCCUUUGAUGUGGGCUGCAAUCUCUUUGCCAAGUUUUCUGCAUACAUUAAGAAUACACAAAAGGAGGCAAAUAAGAAUUUUGAAAAAUCUCUGCUCAGAGAGUUUAAACGUCUGGAUGACUACUUAAACACCCCACUUCUGGAUGAAAUUGAUCCAGACAAUGCUGAGGAACUCAGAGUUUCCAGAAGAUUGUUCUUGGAUGGGGAUCAGCUAACACUGGCUGACUGCAGCUUGUUACCCAAACUGAACAUUAUUAAAGUUGCUGCCAAGAAAUACCGUGACUUUGACAUUCCAGCAGAAUUCUCAGGAGUCUGGCGCUAUCUCCACAAUGCCUAUGCACGUGAAGAAUUUACCCACACGUGCCCCGAAGACAAAGAAAUUGAGAACACCUAUGCAAGUGUGGCUAAACAGAAGAGUUAGAAUAGUUCUUUCAGGAGAAAAGAUAUUUGUUAUUACAUUUCACUUUCUGCUUUAUUAGGAAAAUUUUUUGAAAUAAGAAUAUGAAAAACAAUAUUUGCUCUAUCCAACCAACUUAUGAAAAAUAACUGUAUUUUCUGUAUAUGAAUAACCAUAAAAAAAUCUGUUCAUUCUAUAUUUUACAGAUCUUCACAUUUUCAGUUCAUUUUUAUUUAUUCCCAUGAUAAACCACUGCAAUAUUGAAUGACAUGGAAAGUGUCAAGAUAAUUUUACAUUUUUAUUAGUUUAUUGUGCACAUAAGUUCAUUUCUGACAUGGAUAAUGAAAUCAGAGAGUUAACGUAUCAAAGAAGCAAAUUUUAAAAGAAUUAUUUUUUUAAAUUACUAAAAAGACCAAGACCAAUUGGUCUUAGAACAGCAUUCAAAACCUAAAAAUAUGACCACCUCAGAGAUCAGACUGUUUAUAUUAUUGUUAAAUGAGCAAGUAUUUAUUUGAUAAAACAUAAUUUUAAAAAACAAGAUCAGAAGCAAAUAAAUAGCAAAUCUGCAAAGUCAACUGGAUCUUUUAGUCAUAGAAAUAAGGAAACUAAGAGAGUUGGAUGACCAAAAAGUCUUGUUGCUAUUUGUGAAAAGACAAAGUACUCAGUCCUUAAAGGAUGAUCACAAAAUUUUCUAUAGAAUUUUAAAUGUAUUAUUAUUUAGAUUCAUGUUCUAUACAUCACAUAUUAAAGUACUCUCAAGUCAUUCAAGUCUGGAAACAAAAGCUGAACUUAACUCUUUCUCCUUUAAAGGGGAAACAUAAGCAAAAGUGUAUCUCCCAAAAAGGAAACCACAGGUUGGGAACAAUGAUACACAUGUGAAACCCUAGAGACUUGGGAAGCUGAGGCAGGAUGAUAACAAGUUUGAGGGCAGUCUCAACAAUUUAGCAAGACAUGUCUCUAAAUAAAAAAUGAAAAGGGCUGGGGAUGUAUCUCAGUGGUAGAGUACCCCAGGUUUGAUCUCUGGUAAGAAAGGACAGGGGGACACAGGGUUAUAUUCUAGGUUUUGAGUAAAGAAUAGAGUUUAGACAAAAGUUACAUGAAGUAGUAUUUUAAUAGGUUUCAAGAAAAAUAAGGCAAUGAGUGAAGAGUUAACACCAGGCAUAGGAUUAGAAAUGACCCAAAAUGCUGUCCUUGAAAAAUAGAGUCAAGAUAAAUGUGUGCCAUAUGACCUCUUUGCUGAAAGACUUCUGAUCUGACAGAUUGUACCUCAUCUGGAUGUGGGGUUGUAGCUUUUCUGAACAGCUCACAUCUUUCUAUUUUCAUUAACAUAAUUUUUAAAAGUAAAGUUUAAGAUCUAUGAUCCUAAAGAACAAAGCCUCUCAGUACCACACCCUGAAAUUUAUUAAUCAAAGCCAUGAGCACAUAUUUAAAGUAUGCCACAACUAAGCUCCAGCAUAUAACAAGGUGAACAUUUGUGACAAGUGGUUACUCAAUUCCAUAAGUACUAAUACAUCUCAGAAUUACCCUCUUAGAUAAAGGGAUUAUUAUCUUUUUUGAAGGCUGAAUGGGGCUGACAGGACCAGAGGAAAUGGACCUCACUUCCUAUUAUCUUCUUAGAUGACAUCAAUAAAAUUUAAUUCAGUAAUUA